AAAAUGAUUUAAACAUGAUUUACUUAGUUUGACAACAUAUAUAGUUAAAAAUACCACGAUGCUCGGUCGCUGGUGUUACCGCUUCCUUUCCACUUGUCUUUUAAUUUCCUCGAUUUUUAACCCAUCUCUCCUCAUUUCCCUGUUUGCAUCCCUCCCCUUCCGAAGUGUCAGAUGAAGAGACCUCCUCAUUUGGUGCUCCAGCUUUUUGCGUUGGCGAAUCACAAAGUGUUGGAAUCUAUUGCCUUUGUCUGACAUGUCAUCCAUCUCUAUGCGAGGGGGGAUCUGGGGAGGAGGGGGCGGUGGACUGCAGCUUUUAGAAACAGACACACUGAGAAGAGGGGUUUCAGUCUCAGCCCAAAGCUUCUAACAGGCACAUCCCAUUCUUGAAGAGAGGGGGACCGAGAGACACUCGCCGUGUCCAUGUUUUUUCCUGUCAUCCCCGCACAAAUCUGACUGUACCCCUUCUCCAUAUCGAGGAAUUUACACUGCAGUUUCACAAGAGGACAUUGGAGGAGACGCAACCACAAAUGCUUGCGUUCCCUUAAAUAUGUAGCUAAAAAUAUUAACUGAACGACUGAUUACGCUUGCGGUUCUGCGUAAUUUUUUGAGACUCGUGCAGGACAUGAUCUGCACCUGACCAGCCUCGUGUCUUUAUUUGAUGGACUGAACAGCACGAGAUAAAGUUCGUGGCGCGCCGAAGAACUUCUGUACACGGGCAUCGGAAGCAUUCUGCUCUGAACGGAUAGCAAUCUUUAUUAAUUCCCAUUUAAGCUACAUAAUCAAGGCGAGACGGCGACCUCAGUCGAUUAUCUUUCCUUCCUUUGCUAUCCCAUGGAUAUUCACUGCAAAGCGGACCCCUUCUCGGCGAUGCACCGGCACGGCGGUGUGAACCAGCUAGGAGGGGUGUUUGUGAAUGGCAGACCCCUACCUGACGUGGUCAGGCAAAGAAUCGUGGAGCUCGCGCACCAAGGAGUCAGACCUUGUGACAUCUCAAGACAAUUACGGGUCAGCCAUGGCUGUGUCAGCAAAAUUCUCGGAAGCUAUCAAAAGGAUCUUAUAAGAUAUUACGAAACCGGCAGUAUUAAACCUGGAGUUAUUGGGGGGUCCAAACCAAAAGUGGCGACGCCCAAAGUUGUGGAUAAAAUUGCAGAAUACAAGCGGCAGAAUCCCACAAUGUUCGCCUGGGAGAUCAGAGACCGACUGCUUGCCGAAGGCGUGUGUGACAAUGACACUGUACCAAGCGUUUCAUCUAUAAACAGGAUAAUUCGAACCAAAGUCCAGCAGCCUUUCCAUCCAUCUUCCGAUGGCACAGGAACGCCUCUCACCACAGCAGGACACACUAUAGUACCCAGCACAGCUUCUCCGCCUGUGUCAAGUGCUUCCAAUGACCCCGUGGGGUCCUACUCUAUUAAUGGCAUCCUCGGGAUCCCUCGCUCCAACGGUGAAAAGAGAAAACGCGAUGAUGUUCUCUGGAGUGGCAACCACUUGGAUGGGAAGAAAAUAGGAUAUUAUGGUUCAGAUGGCUCUGGCCCAAACAGUGAUUCUCAGGGUAGCGUGGAGAGUUUACGGAAGCACCUGAGGGCCGAUGCCUUCACUCAACAGCAGCUGGAGGCUCUGGACCGCGUGUUCGAGCGGCCGUCGUACCCUGACGUCUUCCCCACGUCAGAGCACAUCAAGCCAGAGCAGGCUAAUGAAUACUCGCUACCAGCACUGAAUCCUGGACUGGACGAAGUCAAGCCCAGUCUGUCGACCAGCGCCAGUUCAGAUUUGGGCUCCAGCGUGUCACAGAGCUACCCGGUAGUGACAGAGUUGCAUUCAUCCUCGCUGUGUGUAAAGCAGGAGCCGCACGAGGCUUCCCUGGCUCCGUUCACCCCCUCCUCACUGGCAGUCUCGGGUCUAGCGGAACUGUUGCCCCUCCAGCCCAGCGUGUCAGUAGAUGCCUCCACCCCCUGCUACGGUGCCUAUGCCCAUCAUGCCCCCAGCUACGGCCAGUAUGCAAGCCAGCCUAUUAUAGCAGGUCGAGACAUGGCGAGCACGACCCUACCGGGAUACCCACCUCACGUUCCCCCCACUGGGCAGGGCAGCUACCCCACCUCUACACUUGCUGGAAUGGUGCCUGGAAGUGACUUUUCAGGAAAUCCCUACUCUCACCCACAGUACACAACUUACAAUGAAGCUUGGCGGUUCAGCAACCCCGCAUUAUUAAUGCCGCAUCCCGGGGCUCCGCCCCUCCCACUGCUGCCACUGCCUAUGACCGCCACUAGUUACCAUGGCAACCCAAUCAAACUGCAGGACCAUGGCCGCAGCCUCCAUAUCGUACCAGUCUGAAAGCCGUUAAGGUCAGAGGGAUUGAAGAAGGCUACAGAAUCUUCAGUUUCAUGGGGCCGAGAUCGGAUUAGGAGGGUCAAGCAACAGCGCCCCCCCUCCCUCCCUCCCUCACCCAGACAUCAACUAUACCCCCCGCAUCAUCGACACUAAGGCUCUCGUUCUCUAAAUCGGUGAACAAUGACUGAACUAUUUCCUGAAAGACUUCUGAAAGAUUCUACUAAAAUAUAUAUAUUAUACAAGAUAUAAAACAAGACGAACCGUGUGAAGAAUACAAAAGUAACAAUUGAUGUGUUGUUGUUUUUUUCCUCUCUUUAAAUCAAUCAAUACAUUCCUUUACAUGCUGUGUUUAGUAUCGCUAACAGUUCACACACACACACACACACACACACACAAGGUUGCCUGAGGCCUUUAAAAAGUAAUUUAAACAUGUCCUACCAUUUCACUAGUGUCUUACCUCUCAUGGACAGAACAGCAAUGUGUACGAGAUCAAGAGAAACUGCUCAGUUGUCUGUCAAACAGAACAGUGAAACACUUUUAGAAGCCAUCACUGACUCAUGGUAAGAAAUUACCAACAUAAUUUAACAUUUUCUGUGAUACACAAUCAAAAUGGGGGAGAGAAAAUAGAAAAAAGAGAAAAACAGGUCAUAGAGACUGUUGCUGUACAUGACCUGAAAUGAAAUCCGUAUAUUAAAUUAUUGUUUUGGUUUAGCUGAUGGUUUGUGUGCGUGUUGCAUUUGUGUGUGUGUUUCAUACAUUUACCGGAUAUUUCAUUUGUUCAUGUCUCAUAUCUUAUAUCAUGAUUGGUGCCGCUUUUCUUGUUUGCACUAUUUUGCAGUACUGGAUGAAGUACAGUAAUCUUCUUACAUGUAAUAUAUUCAAAGGUCUACUCAAAUUGACAGAGUAACAGCAACAUCGGAGAAAAAUACACUAGCUGUUUGCCUUUUUAAACUUUUUGUCUGUUGUUUUGUCAUUCAGUGUAAAUCAUAAAGGAACAAUUUCCAUCAUGUGUAUCUGAGACAGAUUCUGGCUCAGUACCAAUGUAAUUAUUCAUGAUACAAAGUCAUCGCUUGUACAACAUCAUCAAAGUUCAACAAAUGCCUUACAGCUUUUUAAUUUAAUUUUUUUACGUUUGUUUGGCUAAAGUCCUGAGAGGUAGACAUGCAUGUAACCCUUUUGUGGUUCAACAAACAUUUCUAAAUGCUAAGUGGGAUAUGAAACCGGUCCAUUCAUACACUCCUGGAAAUGUAAAGUGAAUGUACUUUAUACCACGUUUGCCAAAGACUUAGUUUGAUAUUUAAUAUUUUAUUUGCUGUAUCUGUCAAUAAAACAGUAUUAUGUUUUAAUAUUAGUCAAUACUGAUUGUAUGUGAUAACGUUGAACAAAAGGACAAGAUCCAUCUUAGCCCCACAGCAAUGUACACAAGGAAGGUGAAUUCUGUUUGUCAUUUAAGGAUAUUUAAAGGUAUGUCAUUUGCAACAAACUGCUGCUUUGUAGAAUGAUUUGUGUAUAAUGUGAAAACAAUUCUUCUAUGUAUAUAAGAUCACCUACAUUUCACCAUUGCAGUAUCGUACUAAUUUACCGAUUCCAUUUGUAGAUAUGAGAAUUGAAAGAAAAAAAAAACAUUUGACAUUACAUGUGUCUUCGACGUGUUGUGCUUUUCUAAAACGCACAACAAAAAGUUUGAAACCCGCACCGGUGGGUUUCAGAUGCUGUCACCACAUGUGCGGCUGUUUGUAUGUUUUGUUUUGGUUUUUCUUAACUUGUUCAUACUGUUUAAGUCUCUAUGCAAAUUAAGUAAAAUGGUAUUCUGUAUUCUCCUUUA